AUGGAUGACAUUCUACGGAUUGGCGGGCAUUCUUCUGGCUUGGCCGUUGUACUGAAUGGUGAGGACAGGAAAGAGGGUGCUGGGAAAUCCCGUUUAGUUUCAUAUUGUGAAGGUUUUGGUGACCAGUCAGUGGAGCGAACGCUUGAACAUAUCUUUAAUCUUCCUUACAAAAAAGUUCAUCAGUUGACGGGCCCUAUUGACAAUGGUGUGGUUCGCUCGAUACUUAAGAAUGACUUCUAUAAGCACCAUCCCGAACUUAAAGCUGCUGUGAGUACAAACAGAGAUGGAGUAUCCACGAUAUCUAAUGAUCCACAACUUCGGGUUGUUGGGCUCGAAGAGUCUAGCAUUUGUGGCGAUAUUCGGAUUGUGAAAAAGCCUUUUCUUGUGGAGAGUCAUGCUUUAUUCAGUAGUGUACGAGCCAACACGUGUGUGUGGAAAGGAAAGUGGAUGUAUGAAGUCACUCUAGAGACUUCUGGUAUACAGCAGCUUGGUUGGGCUACUAUUGCUUGCCCCUUCACUGAUCACAAGGGUGUUGGGGAUGCAGAUGAUUCUUACGCGUAUGAUGGGAAAAGGGUCAGUAAGUGGAGUAAGGACGCAAAUCCGUACGGCCAGUCGUGGGUUGUAGGCGAUGUGAUUGGAUGUUGCAUCGACCUUGAUCGUGAUGAGGUACUGUUUUAUCGUAAUGGAAUCUCGCUAGGGGUGGCUUUUGCCGGGAUCCGGAAGAUGGUGCCUGGAUUGGGGUAUUAUCCUGCCAUUUCUCUUUCUCAAGGUGAACGGUGUGAGUUGAACUUUGGGGGACAUCCCUUUAAGUAUCCAAUAAAAGGUUACCAUCCCAUUCAAGCGCCCCCUUCUUCAUUGUCUCUUGCGGCCAGUCUCCUCGAUUGCUUCUUAAGGCUGUUGCAAAUGCAGCGGACGGAGAGGGCCGAAAUCGACACUGUUGAGAAGCUCAGAAGACUGAAACGUUUUGCAUCGUUUGAAGAACUGUUGCGUCCUGUCUCUCAUGGAAUUUGUGAAGAGUUAUUGUCUGUCAUCAGUGCUGAGUUUGGUAGUGCAGAGUAUUUGGGACAUGGUACUUUUCUGUCAUUCAUGAUGGAUAUUUUCAGAGUGCAUCCACCGCAUGACUAUCAAACUUUGGAUAGAGUACUUGAUUCCUUUCUCGGCUUUGAGGAGUCUAAGUUAUUGCUUAAGCAUGUUUUUGGUGCCCUCUCAUCGAGAUGUAAAACAGCGUCAUUGGUUUUGACUGAGUGCCCUUAUUCUGGGUCAUACAGUUAUCUCGCCCUUGCAUGUCACAUUUUGAGACGACAGGAACUGAUGACACUGUGGUGGGAAUCUUCAGAUUUUGAGUUCUUGUUUGAGGGUUUUCUUUCGAGGAAAAGUCCAAAUAAGCAAGAUCUCCAAUGUUUAAUUCCUUCUGUUUGGUGGCCUGGAUCAUGUGAGGAUAUUUCUAGCGAGAAUAGCAUGGUGCUGACAACUACAGCUUUAUCUGAAGCGGUAAAUAAGAUAGAAGAGAAGCAAAGGGACAUCUGUCGUCUUGUCAUGAAAUUUAUACCACCUGUAGCCCCCAUGCAGUUGCCUGGCUCAGUUUUUAGGACAUUUUUACAGAACAUUUUAUUGAAGAACAGGGGUGCUGAUCGUAAUAUGCCUCCCACUGGAGUUUCUAACAACUCGGUGCUUGUCUCUUUAUUUACUGUUAUUCUCCAUUUUCUGUCCGAGGGUUUUGCCGUGGGUGACAUCCAUGGGUGGAUUAAAGGCUCUGGUACUACAGAUUCUGAAGAUCAUGUGGGUUUCCUUCAUAGGGGCGGUGAACAAUGUUUUCCCGCUGGUCUGUUUCUGAAGGGUGAUCCUCAUCGAGUUGAUAUAUCGAGGCUUGGAGGAUCUUACAGUCAUUUAUUAAAAUCUAAUCCUGUAAAUGACGAGGAGGAAGAAGAAAUUAUUCGGUGGGAAGAGGGGUGCACGGACGAUGAAGAAACAAAAGCAACCCAUAUUGGUAGUCAGAAACCGUGUUGUUGUUCUAGUUAUGAUAAUGAUUUGUCGAGAAUGUCGAAAUAUCCCGUGAGAUAUUUGGGUAAAGGCUCUCAUGGAAGUUGCAGCUCUAUUUCGGACAGAGCUUCUCAUGUCUCAGCAGAAUGUAGUACUAGCAGUCUAAAUGAUGAGAUUGCAGAUAAGCCAAGCACGAGCGACCACUCUGAUCCUGAGUUUUCCUUUCGACCUAUGCAGCAAUUAAGGAUACUGCCGAGGGAGAGUGUGUUGCCUUCGCCUACUUUGAAAGAGGAGGAGCUUUUAGAUGCUAUGCUUUUGUUGUAUCAUUUGGGUCUUGCACCAAACUUAAAGCAGGCAUCAUCAUUCAUGUCUCGUCAAUCUCAGUCUGUUACCCUCCUUGAAGACACAGACAGACAAAUUAGAGAGUGCAUAUAUGUUGACCAAGUGAAGCGCUUGAAGGAAGCUCGAAGCGUUUACAGGGAAGAGGUUAUGGAUUGUGUUAGACAUUCUCACUGGUACUGGUCCAUUCAUUUUCUGUUUUAUGAUUUUAUUUCUAAGUUCCUUUUUUCCGGAAUGUGUGUGUGUGUGAUAUCUAGUGCGGAGCUACGGGAUCUUCUUCUUCAUUCUAUAUUGGUCUUGGUACAAGACACGGAAUUCUUGGCUGCUUUUGAAUGUAACAAAGCAGCAAGAGAAAGGAUGCCAAAAGCUUUAUUGUCAGCUUUUGAUAAUCGGUCCUGGAUUCCUGUGACUAAUAUACUUCUUAGGUUAUGCAAGGGCUCCGGUUUCGGGUUUUCAAAACGUGGAGAGUCUUCAUCCUCGUCUGUACUAUUUCAGAGAUUGCUGCGGGAAGCUUGCAUCAGUGACGAUGAAUUAUUCUCAGCUUUUCUCAACCGGUUGUUUAAUACUCUUAGCUGGGCCAUGACAGAAUUUUCUGUUUCAGUUCGUGAAAUGCAAGAAAACAAGUUGAAGGAACUCCAGCAAAGGAAAUGCAGUGUGAUAUUUGAUCUCUCUUGCAACCUUGCAAGGGUAUUAGAGUUCUGUACACGCGAAACGCCUCAAGCUUUUGUUUUGGGAAUGGACACAAACUUGCGAAGGCUGGCUGAGUUAAUAGUCUUCAUAUUGACCCACCUAAUUGUUGCGAUCGACCCAGAAGACCUAUCGAUUAGACGAUCAGGUCAUUCUUCUGAGAAGAUCAAUAGUGGCAUGAUUUUAGCACCACUUGCCGGCAUUAUUCUGAACUUGUUGGAUGCAAGUAGAGACUCUGAUAAUGGGGCUCAAAAUGAUAUUGUUAGUCUCUUUGCCAGCAUGGAAUGUGCUGAUACUAUACGAUGUGGAUUUGAGUAUCUCCUCAAUUACAAUUGGGCGGGCUCCACCAAGGGAGAAGAUUACAAAGAUGAACUGUCGAAGCUAAAUACAUUCUCGAGCCGCAUGAUCAGUCGGUCAGAGCUGCAAGCGAAUAAGAAGAGGACACAUGGCGGAGAUUCGGAAACAGAAGACAAUAGCCUUUGCUGCAUAUGCUACGAAAAUAAGGCGGAAGCUCGUUUUUCGCCUUGUUCGCACGUUUCGAAACCUGCUCGGAUCCGCCUAAGCUGGGGACCGGACGCCGCCGCAGUCUCCUCUCGCGUCCGCCGGCAGUCUCCCCGGCUGCCCAUCCGCCGCCAUUUCGCUUCCAUCACUGUUCAAUCGGCUGAGGAUGUGCCAGCGGUUUCAUCCCAGUUCGCAUCCACCAUUGCACCUUCCUCGCUUCGCCUCUCUCACCGGACGAUAACUCGCCGCCACAUUCAAGUCCUCAGUUUUUUCGCCUGCGCCGUAGCAAUUUCUGCAACAUGGCUCUUCUGCUCAGCAAUUCCAACUCUACUGGCUUUCAAGAGAGCUGCAGAGUCACUGGAGAAGCUAAUGGACACUACAAGGGAGGAAUUACCCGACACAAUGGCUGCUGUCCGGUUAUCAGGAAUGGAGAUCAGUGACUUAACCAUGGAGCUAAGUGACCUCGGCCAAGAAAUAACACAAGGAGUUAGGAGUUCAACUCGAGCUGUUCGUUUGGCGGAAGAAAGAUUGAGACGGUUGACAAACACAAACCCCAUAGUACCUGCGCAGGACGUGGGCCCAACAAAACCUCGAACAGCAGACCCGACUCUAGCUAGAACCGCACGUAACAUGAGAGAAGGAAUAGUUAAAGGGCGUGCUGUUAUACAGACGAUUUUCACUCUCACCCGGUACUCGAAAAUUCUGCUCAAGUAUCUGGCUUCUGGUUCGAAAGCAUAA